AGACAUCAACAAUUAUCUCCAAGAGCUAAGAUGGCUUUCUUGGCACUCUCCUCCUCUAGAUUGUACAAUGGCCCAUUUGCACUUAAACAAUCUAGUAUUUUUGAACUUUCAUACAAUAAAAAAACAGAAAGCUGGGGUGGAUGGAACAUUUUGAAGAUGGAAAACAGAUUGAAAGUUCUUUCUCUCUCCAAUUGUAAUGGAGUGAAACAGAUUCCAGACUUUUCUGGAUGCGUGAGUUUGGAGAUACUAUCUCUUGCUCAUUGUGUAUCCUUGCAGGAAGUUGACUCCUCUAUUGGGAAACUAAAAGAUCUUACUCACUUGCAAAUUAUUUCUUGCUUGAAUCUUCGAAAUUUGCCUAAAGAGAUUGGAGGACUAGUGAAUCUGAAGCACUUUUCUAUCAGGCGGUGCUCCAAAAUCAAGAAACUUCCAGACAUCAGGAAAUUAGCAUCAUUGUCGAAGUUGGAUAUAUCACAUACAAAAAUUACAAUUUUACCCGAUUCUAUUGGCAAUGCAAAGAACCUAUCAUCCCUUGAUCUAUUGGGGACGUCAAUUGCGGAACUUCCAAUUUCUAUUGGAGAGCUCACGCAACUCGAAUUCCUUUCACUCUGUGGUUGUCAUAAUUUUGUGGAGCUUCCAGAAUCAAUAGGUUAUUUGACAAAAUUACAAAUGUUGGAUCUCUCGGGGACAAAAAUUAUUGAGUUACCUAAUUCGAUAAAGAAUCUCAAGCGGUUGAGGGUGAUGAGGAUGGCAUCUUGUCAAUACGAGGUUGCCGGCCCGGUAUUGGAAUGCUAG